AUGUCCAGGGGGUCCAAGAGGGCCAGUGCAAGUCCACAGGGGUCACAAGACGCCCUCUCGCCCGUUCGUGUGCCAGGGGAAUGGACGUCCCCUAUUACAGGUAAGCCCACACGACACUCACCUGUGUCAGUAGUGUCACAGGUGAGUCACAAGACGCUCACCUGUGUCAGUAGUGUCACAGGUGAGCCCACAAGGACGCUCACCUGUGUCAGUAGUGUCACAGUGAGUCACAAGACGCUCACCUGUGUCAGUGGUGUCACAGGUGAGUCACAAGACGCUCACCUGUGUCAGUGGUGUCACAGGUUACUGGAGCUACUCUCCUUCCUUGGAUCAAGAUUGUCUCUGUUCUGUUACAGUAACGAGUGUGUGAUGAGCUUCCAGGCUUGUAACAGACGACAAGUUCUCAGUGUUCUCUACCGGGGAGAGUGUUCUUCAGGUGUGAAUCCCUGUGGAGCGGUCCGCUGCGGGCCUGGCCAAGGCUGUGCGGUAAACCAGUACGGCGUAGCCACCUGCCAGUGCCGCAGAUGGUGUCCUCCGGUGGUGACACCUGUCUGUGCCACAGAUGGCACCACCUACGACAGUCGGUGCCACCUGGAGAGAGACGCCUGCGUCAGACAGCGACCCCUUGACGUCUCCUUUUAUGGUUCUUGUGGUUCGGGAGGACCAUGUGAGGGGUACAAGUGUGAGUACGGGGGAGUGUGUGUGGAGAGGUACGGCCAGGCUGAGUGUGAGUGUACAGUGUGUGGUGGUGAGUACCAACCAGUGUGUGGCGGUGACAGACGCACCUACCACUCCUCCUGUCAACUGGCCCGUCACGUCUGUCUGUCUACCACUCACGUGGAACUCUUACACCAGGGAUCCUGUGAUGCGUGUAAGGGGGUCGAGUGCGGAGAGUUCGGGGUGUGUCAGGUCGAUGCUGAGGGAUUCGGUCGAUGUUCCUGCCCUACCAACUGCUCCCAGGCACUGGGCGGGGAGGUGUGUGGCACUGACGGUCAGACGUAUGCUUCUAAGUGCCAUCUUCAGGUCGCUGCCUGUGCCAGCCAGCAGCGCCUCAUAGUUGCGCACAAGGGAAACUGCGAUCUGUGUUUGGAUGUCCACUGUAAGUACGGCGCUCGCUGUGAGGGCGGCCGGUGCAUCUGUCCCACAGACUGCCCAGACAAGAGAGAACCAGUGUGUGGGUCUGACCGCUUCACUUAUAGUAACGAGUGUGUCAUGCGCAAGGUGGCCUGUGAGAAGAACGAAGACGUCAACUAUCUCUUCUUUGGGGAAUGUGAUGAGAUCGGUGGCAUAGUUACAGACGUGAUCUACCCAACACCCCUGCCACCUACUGGCCCUGACGACCCCUGCCACUCUCACCCCUGCAUCGCUGGGGCAGAGUGCCAGUCAGACGCUGAAGGUCGACCUCGAUGUGUGUGCGACUUCUACUGCUCUCCGCCUCCACGCUAUGAGCCAGUCUGCGGUAGUGACAAGGAGUUUUACGAGUCAGAUUGUCUCAUGCGACUGCAUGCUUGCAACAUUCAAGUGCAACUCACCGUCAGACCCAUUCAUGAGUGUGCUGCUGCCCAGCGCCUUCGAGUAUGCAACGGCACAUCACCCCUGAUCAACCCUUCGACAGGUGAAGAUCUGUACUGUGGCGAGGGUGGCACUAUAUGCCCUCCUGGCACUUAUUGCCACAGGGAACACGACUUCGCGAAGUGCUGUAGGGACUACACCAUCAGAGUAGCUGUGAUCGAGGCACCGGUGCCAAGGGACUGCCAUCAGACAGACUGGGGAUGCUGUGCUGACGGCAUCAACAUCGCUACUGGCCCGGAGAGGGAAGGAUGUCCGGAGUCAUGUCGCUGCCACAGACUGGGGUCAGUAAGGGAGGCGUGUGACGCUGUGACGGGUGUGUGCGAGUGUCGACCUGGUGUGGGAGGCAAGAACUGUGAUCGCUGUCUACCAGGCUACUACGGUCUCCAUAGAGUCACUGAAGGUGCCAUCGGCUGCUCACGUGAGUACAUUUGUCACCUUUGCUUCAAGGGUAGGCAAGAUUCAUCAGGAAACAUGACAGCAUACUCAGCAGCUGUGGCUGAGAAUGAGUACUCAGUGAGUGCUAAGGAAGAUAACCUCAGCACUAUACCUACUGACUUAUCUAGAUCUCUCUCUCAGCUGUACGACCUCCCUAAGGGUCGUGAUAAUACAGUAAUAAGAGUAUGUUUGUGUGUUUUUCCAGAGGACCUCCUGGUGCCACAGGCCACGACCUGCGACCUGCUGCAGUGCCACUUCGGGGGUCGAUGCCAGGAGCACGGAGGUGCCGCCACCUGUGUCUGUACCCACCACUGCCUUCCGAGCGGCGUCGGAGGGUCCCUGGCCGUGUGUGGGUCGGACAGGGUGACCUAUGCGUCAGAGUGUGAGCUAAAGUACCAGUCGUGCGUCAAACAAGCGGAUAUCGUGGUCGUGGCCUUCGGCUCCUGCACAGAGUCGUGGACAGACGCUCCCGUCCGCCGGUCGACAGCAGAGGAUGGGUGGGGCACAGAGGAGUGGGCGUGGGCGGGGAGAGGCCUUACUGAACACCACGCCCUCGCCACCCGCAGACACAUCGAUGCCGCCCACUUCACCCGCGCCCACUCGGCCAACUCCGCCCACUCCAUCAACAUGAUCAUCGAGUCCCCGACCCAUGUGGUGACGCCCAAGAGUGGGCUGGACUCUGAGGAGCAAGCCCACAUCUACCCCCAUUCAGCUGCCUCCAAACAUCCCUACACAGUGCCAGCCUUCUCUGGCACCUCCUACAUACAGCUGAUGCCCUGGUCAGUGCCAUCCAAGGUACAAAUGGAGGUGGAGUUCGUGGCUCACGAAGCUACUGGCAUCCUGCUCUACGUCCAGCAGAACCUUGGGGGUCUUGGGGACUUUCUGGCUCUUGUGCUCAACGACGGGCAUCUUGAGGCUCGUAUUGACGUGGGCAACGGCCCAGUGUUGCUGAGAUCACCACAGCCAGUGUUGUUGUUCACCCAUACGCAGGCAACCCUCACCACUUACACCAGGGACGCUCUUCUACAAGUGGGCGUAGGAGAAGCUGUGUCAGUGCGGUCAGAGGGCGUGCACCGGGCCCUGGAUAUACACGCUCCACUCUACGUGGGCGGUGUGCCCAGCCUCACGCCCAGGGUACACGCCAAUGUGGGCGUGGGGAAAGGGUUCCACGGCUGCAUCCACUCCCUCAAGGUCGGCCAGCGAGCACUUGACUUGGUGUGGGGACGCUCUGGAAGUGUAGGUCAUGCCCACAACGUGAGUGAGUGCCGCCCAUCGCCGUGCGCCGCCCAUCCUUGCAUCAACGGAGCAACCUGCCGCCCACGCUCUCACAACCUGGGCUUUAUUUGCGAAUGUCCCAUCUCGUAUACAGGUAGCCGAUGCGAGGUGGAGGUGGGUGAGGGCUGUCGGAGAUUGCAGUGUCCUCCAGGUACUACCUGUCAGAGAGCUCCAGCAUCCACUACCCUCCACUGCGUCUCAGAAUUGGGUUCAGAAGAGUCAUGGCCCGUAGCGGACGUGGAUGGUCGUGGAUACCUGGCUUUGCCUCGUGUACAGACGAUGAUGGAGAGUCUGUCACUGGAGGUGUGGUUUCUUGCUAGGUCCCCACACGGCAUGCUCCUCUACCAGGCUGAAGGACCCGCACAUCGAGGAGACUUCAUUAGCCUCAAUCUGGCCGGAGGAUACCUCCAGUUCCGUCUCGAUGCCGGUCCAGGAGUCGUUAAUCUCACGUCAGCAGAGGUGGUGGAGGUCGGGUCAUGGCACGGUGUCAAGGCAUCGUGGGGGGGUGGUCGUGCCUCUCUUCAGGUGGAUGGGUCACCACCUGUCACCUGCCCUGCCCCAGGGCACCCUAAUACCCUCACCCUCAACACCCCCCUUUAUAUAGGUGGCUUCAGACUAUGGUACCUGGUGAACCGGGAGUCUGGAAUCCUGGUGGGACUGAACGGGGCGCUGCAGAGGCUGCUGGUCAACGGCGUCGUCUACAGCAGACUGACGGAAGCGGCCACGGAGCAGAGGGGCGUCUCUCUCUAUAUAGGUCCUCCGUGUCAUCCCAACCCCUGCAACAACGGGGGGUUGUGCGUGCCCAUCCUAGCUAACUUCUCCUGCCGCUGCCCCGUCAUGUUCGUCGGUAGACUCUGCCAUAAGAGUAUGGCAGGCAUGAGUUUAGAUAACCCCUUCAUCUGGCGGAUCACACUUUUUUUGUACCCCGGACGCUCUCCCUCAAGUGAGUCCAACAAAAGUGGUCUUCACGUCCCCUGGAGUCAUCCAGACUACGACUACCUGCAGUACGACGAGACGGAGCGACAACUGUUGGAUCAGGACACCAAGCACGACAACCUGGCUCACUACAGGUCGGUACAGUUUGUCGAGCCAGGAGACAGAUAG